GUAAGACGAUACCGUACAGCCUUCACCAGAGAACAAAUCAGUAAGCUAGAGAAGGAGUUUGCCAAGGAGAACUAUAUCUCCAGGCCUAAACGAUGUGAACUAGCAGCUGCCAUGGGUUUAUCAGAGAGCACCAUCAAGGUGUGGUUUCAGAAUCGUCGUAUGAAAGAUAAAAGACAACGA